AUGGGAUUCUCAUUUACUGGUUUGGGCGUAUCGCUUGCCCUGCUUGUCGUUGUAGGAGCAAUUAUCUAUUAUUGCUGGUUUCGAAAGAAGAAAACGGUAAAUCGUGGUCCUUCGGAGGGCAGUCGGCAGGAUAAUUUUAUUAAUAGUGGAUCGGAAUAUCCACCUUCUACCCAUCCAACUACAGCACCACAUUCAGUUCCUGUUGGCUGGAACGUAAAUCCUAACACGAGUGCCUCCAAAACUGCUCCAUAUCCAACUGGUGGCGUAUCUGGUACAGCACCAUAUCCAACUGGUGGUGUAUCUGGUACAGUACCAUAUCCAACUGGUGGCGUUUCUGGUACAGCACCUUAUCCAACUGGUGGUGUAUCAGGUACGGCACCUUAUCCAACCUCUGGCGGUAUCGCGUCCAAUCCUUCUGCUCCUCCGCCAUACUCUUCUCCCCCUCCUCCUUAUCCAAGUUAA